AGAGUGCACAUAGUACGGUCCGUACAAUUACACAUCAGCUAGACGACGCGGACUGGAUACCUACGCGUUCGCUUCGAUGGCUUCGUCAAAGCAGAAAGAGGUUCUGCUUAAAUGCAAAUGUGAAAAAAUCCAUGUAAUCGGUAAUUCGCCCAUUCUGCCGAUUAUUCACAUGAAUUGCACGAAUCGACGAAAUACCAGAAAGUCUCGUGAUGUCGAUAGAAACACAGAAAUUUCCGGAAAAUUAUCUGAUAACGCUAUUAACACUAAUCAGCUAAAUCCUACUAAAUUUUACAAAAGAACUGACUCGCAAUGGACUAUGAACUAUCAGGAAGCUGCAAUAUUUUUAGAGGAAGGUAUAAACAAUAUAACAUUUGAUUCUCAUCCAAGCUGUCCUAAAGAUUUGCCGACGUAUCUCUUAGUCCAUAACCGUUUGUACAAUCUAGUUGAAUUCUCUAUUUCGUUAGUUUUGUUGUCUCUAGCAUUUGUAGAAGAGCCUACCAUGUACAAAGUACCAAUAUGGAUACAUGGCUGGACAGAAUUAUCUGCGUUACUUAUUGUCGGUUGUCAAAUGAUUUUAAAGAUGAGAUCGAUUGGCUGUUCAAUAUCUAUGACACACAUACGUACAGUAAUAAAAGGUAUCAUAUUAGUAGUCAUGUUUUGUGAAAUUACAACAAUUCUAGUACGACAAUCCUUGCAUAUUCGUGUAACACGCGCCCUUAGACCAAUCUUUUUAAUAGACACGAAAUAUUGCGGCGGCGUACGGAGAUUCAUAAGGAAAGUAUUUCUCACGGUAAAUUCUGUCUCGGAAAUGAUAUGCCUUCUGUAUUUCUUGAUUUUUAUAUUUGCCUUAACAGGCUAUUGUAUGUUUAAUAAAGAAAACACUUAUUUCUCGGAACUGUGGCUAAGCUAUCUCAACCUAUUUAUUCUUCUUACCACUUCUAACUUUCCCGAUGUAAUGUUGAUAUCAUAUUACUACGAUAAGAGGUCUGCGAUAUUCUUUAUAGUUUAUUUGUGUACCAUGUUGUACGUAAUAAUGAAUUUAAUGCUGGCGUUGGCAAAUGAGACAUUUGCGUCUUACGAACGCGAUAAAUUCAAAAAAUUGUUCCUGCACAAAAUGAAAGCGUGCAAAUAUGCUUUCAAACUUUUGGUUUCUAACAAAUUUCCUGGUAGAAUAGAAUUUCCUCAAUUUAAAGGAUUAAUGUUGCACUAUGAUCCGAGUAAAUCCACGCGUGACAUUGUUUUAAUGUUUUGUCAUAUGAAUAAAUCGAAAAGUGGUUCUUUAAAUUACAAGGAAUUUUUAUCGUUUUACGACGCCAAUACACUUAAGUGGUCUUUCCAACACUCUAAUGAAUAUUGGCGAAGAACGUUCAUUUUUGUACAACCGCUUUCCAAAUUAGCUAAUGUUAUUAUUAAAUGGCGUUAUUUUGAAGCUUUGGUGUAUAUGAUUAUUAUUGGUGAUGGCAUCUCCAUAGUAAUAAGAAGCCUACAAAUAGAUAUAAAUUCUGAGGCACCACUGAAAACAUUCUGUAGUGGUUGGGAUGCUAUAUUUUUCAGGAACCUUAUGAUGAUUGAAACAAUAAUAAAAAUAUUAGCUCUUGGUUUCGAUGGUUAUAUGAGCUCUGGAUGGAAUAUCUUUGAUUUUUGUACAAUAAUAAUGUCCGUCAUCGCUAUGUUCAUACUUUAUAUUACGCCGUCAGCUACAUAUCUGGUUUUCUUCCGACCUCUCAGAACAUUGAGAUUAUUUAAACUCAAGAAGAUAUAUCGAGAUAUUUUCGGCACUAUCGUAAUUCUAUUUCCCCAGAUGUGUUUAACUGCGGUUGUCAUACUGAUCCUGUAUUACUUUUACGCGAUUAUUGGAAUGGAACUGUUUGCCGGAUACGACCUGCGCGAUUGUUGCAGGAAUACAACUAUUGAAUAUUACUACGCAUAUUCUUAUGAACGUUGUGAAUCGUCGGCAAUUUACUAUGUUAACACUUUUAACCAUCUCAUGGAUAGUUGCAUUACACUUUUCGAAUUAACAGUUCUUAAUAAUUGGCAUGUGCAAAUGUAUGCAUAUGGAGCUGUUAAUAAUCAGUUAGAUGACCUGUUAAUUUCAAUACUCUAUUUUUGCACAUUUAUUAUGACGACUAUGUUGGUCUUGACUUUUGUGGUAUCCAGUUUCUUGGAAGCUUUUCGGUUUAGGAUGCAGUAUAAAAAUUCAAUUUGCUGCAAACAUGACGAGAAAAAAAUGUUCUGCGACAAAGUGGAAUUAAUAUGGCAUGAAUUACAAUUCAUAAUCGAUCAUAAAACUGUGAAACAGCUACACAGAUCUUUAUUUAUCAAUGAAGACUGCUACUCUACUUCCUUCAUCGGUUCACUGCCACGAACACGAGAGGUUUUACAGAAAAAGAUGUAUAGGGAAGAAAUAAAUAAAUGGAUAGCCGAGUCCGAAUCAGAGUUCGAAGAAAAGUAAUUUUUAUUUAAUAUAAUACAUAAUACGAAAGAUAGAACCGGCGAUGGUAUCUCUAAUACCGAUCAUCUUGUACUGAAUGGUAAUUUGUGUCAUUGGCAAAACGCUAAUCUACUUGGUAAAAUUGAUGACGUGACUUAGACCAAAAUUCUCGCUUACAUUCAUGUAAGUAUAUUUAUCAAUAAUAUAGCUUGUUUAUAUAGUUAGGACUCCGCGUUGAUGGUGACGACACCAAAUUAGUCGCGGCGGCCUAGCAAAACUGGUAGGCGCGCGCGAACACACACACACAAACACACACAUAUACACACUUUACAUUUAUCCAAAUUGUUUUUAAUGAAAAAUGGGACAAAAAUAAAUGUGUCAUUCUCGCUUUAUGACAUCACGAUUCCAACAUGGCCGCCGCGACUACUCAGGAGCUUAAGGAUGCUAGAGUGACUUAAUUGGGGGGACAUUGCAGAUUAAAAUAAAUCUCUGAACUUAUUGAACAGAAUCAAAAAUUCCUUUACAGGAUUGAAGUAGACGCAAAAUUGAAGAGUAAUGCAAUUAAUUUUUGUACUAAAAUCGGAAAAAAGUUAAAAACUUACAUUUUUUCAACCUCGUAGAGUUGUUAUCUGACACCAUAGAGAUAGUAGUACUAGAGAGUACGCAUUGGAGGAGUGGAGUAGUAGUCCACAUUUAGAAAAGGACGCACUCAUUCAGACUUUUCGCCUCUCUUUCGUUUCGCACAUGCGUAGCCAUAUAUUUUAUUGAGAAAGGGGAUCAAAAGAGGGAUCAAUAAGGAAUUGAGAACAUGAUGAUGUAAGGGCGACUUUUAUACCAACUCUGGUUAACUUAAUCAUUCCAGUAACUUUGCAGGAUUGAUCAAUCGCAUUUAUCAUUUAGUUUUGACGACGGACGCGAUUGAUCAAUUCCAAUGGACUAAUCGGCCGAUUAAAUUAAUCGCGGAGUUGGUGAAAGUGGCCCUAAAUUGUAACAGUUAAACAGUAUUGAAAGAUCGCUCGAUCGAGGUUGAUAUGUGCCGACUUCGGUGUUGUCGUCGUCCGUUAUACUCAAUUGUACUUUCUAAAUUAUAUGAAACUUUCCUCGUUUUUUUUCCAUCCCCUGUUAGAAUAUACGUCUAUCGCAUGCGCAAAACGAGAGAUACAGGAGAAGUCCGAAUGAGUGCGUCCUUUUUUAUAUGCGGACUACUCCACUCCUCAAAUUUCCGACAAUGUCUCUAAAUGUCUAUAGUACUACUAUCUCUAUGCUUGGCGUAAAUGUUUCCUUGGUACCUAGAUAUUGUAUCACCUAGCGUAUCACAUGCACAAAUAAUACUAACAAUGAGUCUACA